UAUUGCUAUUAUAUUAUAGGCUACUACUGUUGAGUGUAGAUGACAGAUAGUUGCUAGUUUGAGUAGUUACUUUGUCUAAUGUCUUUGUCAGUUUGUUUUGUCUUGAGCGGAACAACAGCAGAAAAGUGCAACAUCAAUGAAUAAUUCAGUUGGUCUCUAGGACUAGAAUGGAGAUAUUAUUAUAAUACAUUGUUAGAAGUUACCUUCCUUUCAUUUGGGCCGAGCUUAGUUUAAAUUAAACAUCGUGUAGGCUUACCAUCUAAUAAGUACUUGGACAACCAUGUCUGCACCAAAAAUUCAGGAGGAUAUAAACAACAUUCCCUUGGCCGAUGAUGACCCCCAAGCAAUUAUUCAAGAUGACGGGGAGGCAGUUGAAAUGUCUCAAACCUCAGAUGCUUUGUUGAGAGGUCGUAGUUUGGAUUCCAUACCCUCCACGUUCACCAACGGAAGCAGUAGUCCUGGGCCAAACAGCUUGGACCCUGACAUCAGUCCAGAUGAAAUUGAAGAAAAAUCCCGACUCAUAACACAGGUUUUGGAGCUUCAAAACACGUUGGACGAUCUAUCUCAGAGAGUUGACAGUGUAAAAGAAGAAAACAUGAAGCUAAAAUCUGAGAACCAAGUGCUCGGGCAAUACAUAGAAAAUCUCAUGUCUGCGUCCAGCGUAUUUCAAUCAACAUCACCAAAGACCAAGAAGAAAUAAACACUGUGUAUGAAUUACUUUUAUUUAUAACUUUAUACCUAACACAAAUUUUAGCUAAAGGUUAUUGAGUGACACCAUAUUAUCAAUUUGUGCUAUAUGUCUGUAAAAGUUGAAAAAAUAUUUCUCAGUGGCGAAGUAGCCCAAGGUUAGUAGAGAGACUUAGAGAGAGAGAGAGAGAGAUUAGUCUCUCUACUAACCUUGGAAGUAGCCUAUCUACUCAAAUCCCAGUUAUAUUAAAGACUGUGAAUAUCACUUAAGGUUGGACGUGGAAAAGUACUUUUUUCAAUCAUGCACACACAUAUAUAUAUACUCAGCUUUAUAGUAGUUGGAAGUGAAAUUAUGAGCUUUUGUGUUUUGAUCGCCAAUUCCAACUGAUAAAUUUUUAUGUUUAACUAGGAUAUAUCAAUAGUUAAUUUUUAUUUACCUAGCAACCUGUAUUUUGCUGUUUGAUUUUUGCUGAAAAAUUUGUGUUGUAAAAUGUAUUGUGCCAGAUAUUGAAAGUGUAGAAUGUUAUGGCUAUUUGUAAGAUAAAACUGCAUUUAAAUAUCAUUUUA